UUUACACAACAAAAACUAAUUAAGGUAGUGCGUGAGCUACACUCUCGUGUGACUAAUUCCGUCCAUUUCAUCAUUCAUUACACCAUUAUAUCAUCAUAACAUAAAAAUUUCCUAAUCAUCAUAACAUACACAUCCCUUUCUAUUUUUUCUUCGUCAUUAUUACACACACACUCGCCGGCGGCGAUGAAGCUGUCGGAAAACGAAGCCGACGUGGUGGAAGCCUCUAACCUCCAGCUCAUCCAAUCACUAGUAACCUCAAUCCCAAACACUCUUUCUUUCAAAGGUAAAUGGUCUUUAAUCCAAACCAAACUUUCCGAUCUCAAAUCCCAUCUUUCCGACCUCAUUCCCGACACCCCACUUUCCGUCGACAUUCUCCGGUCACUUUCCCACACACUCUCACAAGCCCUUUCUCUAUCUCUCAUUUGUCAUUCCCUUAAUCCCCCUUCAGGCAAACUCAAAACCCAAAACGACGUCGAUUCAAUCUCAGCUAAACUCGAUACCCAUAUCAAAGACCUAGAAAUUUUAAUUAAAAAUAGUGGAGACAAUAAUAUUGUCACCCAAAACGACGUCGUUUCAAAAAGGGAGUCAUUAAGAAUGGAAUCAAGAAACUUAAUAACCCGGUUACAGAUCGGUUCAACCCAAUCGAAAAACACGGCGCUAGACGAACUUUUAAGGUUGUUACAACAAGAUGACAAGCAUGUAUUAAUAGCCGUGGCACAGGGUGUGGUCCCGGUGCUUGUUCGCUUAUUGGAUUGUACAUCUACUCCGGAAAUGAAGGAGAAAACGGUUACAGCUCUUGCUAAGGUGUCAACCGUUGACUCAAGUAAACACGUGUUAAUUGCUGAGGGUUUAAUGCUGUUGAAUCAUUUGAUGCGCGUUUUGGAAUCCGGAAGCGGGUUCGCGAAAGAAAAAGCGUGCGUGGUUUUGAAAUGUUUGUCUAGUAUUAAGGAUAACGCGCGGGCGAUUGGGUCCCGCGGAGGAAUCGCGGUUUUAUUGGAGAUUUGUGAAUGUGGGACGCCGUAUUCGCAGGCUAUCGCGGUAGGCGUCUUGGUGAAUCUGUCUGGAUUUUCAGAUACUUAUGAGAAUUUUAUGGAAGAAGACGCGGUUUCCGUGAUUUUAGGGGUGGCCAGCUCUGGUACGGUUUUAGCACAAGAAUAUUCGUUUUCUUGUUUGAGUAAUUUGAUUAAAGAUGAUGAUAAUUUGAAACUGUUGGUUUAUAAGAAAGGCGUGUUUGAUAGUUUGAAAACAUUUUGGGAUUCUGCUCCUGGUGUUAGUAACUUGGAAGUUGCGGUCGAGUUUUUGAAAAUAUUAGCGUAUGAUGAGCGUUUGGUUGAAUGUAUUGUGUCAGCGGAUUUUGUGCCAAGGAUUGUUAGUGUGUUAAGUUGUGGUGUGUUAGGAGUGAGGGUUCAGGCUGCAAAAGCGGUUUUUAGAUUAGGAGUUAACGCGAAAGCGAGGAAAGAAUUGGGCGAAUUCGGGUGUAUACCGCCUUUGAUUGCUAUGUUAGAUGGUAAAGCAGUUGAAGAGAAGCUGGCAGCUGCGAAAGCGUUGUCGGUUAUCUUGAUUUGUUCUGGAAACACAAGGAUUUUUAAGAAGGAACAGAGAGGGAUAGUGAGUGUGGUUCAGCUUUUGGACCCUUCCAUACCAAAUCUUGAUAACAAGUACCCUGUUGCGAUUCUGAUGUGUUUAAUCCAUUCAAAGAAAUGCCGUAAACAGAUGGUGAAUUCGGGUGCUUUGUUGUAUUUACAAAAGCUUGUAGAAAUGGAGGUCGACGGUGCAAAGAAGUUGCACGAGACUAUCGGUCGUGGGAAGCUAUUUGGCGUUUUCGCAAGGCCGUAAAGAUCAUAUAAUCCUGCUCAAAAUCUGUAUCUAGUUAUGGUAAAUUACGGCUACACUGCUUGUGUAUCUUGGUUGUUUUUAUCGUUUUCGUUUUUUAGUUUCUUUACCAUUGUUUAUAUCUUUCAUGUUAGUAAAAUCUUAGUUGAGAAGUCAAUUGAUUCUAAAUUAGUCUAGUGUCUACUGAGAUAUGUAUCAAUACUUAAAUCCCUAAAACCUUUGUUUGGUGACCUAACUUGGAUUAAAGUUGUAAUAUCUUCAACCUAAACUCAAUAAUUCAAUACAUAUAUUUGUAAUGCAAUUGACUUUCUCUUUGUUUUAUCUAUCUUUUAUUUGUAGUA